AUGACAGAUGAUGGGCGGAACCAAACAAAUAAUAUGCGUUUAAAAAUAAAACAUUUAGUUUUAAAUGAAAAUGAACAAUUUCAAUUUUUAUUUUGUGCUUCUGAUACAAAAAUUCUGUUUCCAAAUUUAACUAAUUUGACAUUAUUAUCGAUUAACUGUAAACGUUUUCUUGAUUGUUCACCGAUUACAUCAACCAUCUCUUAUUUACAUAUUUUAUUUGAUGGGAAUCCAUAUAAAAAUUCAAUUUCUCAUAAUGAAAAUGUUCAUCGAUAUUUAUUUUCGAAUAAAACUAAUUUAUCAGUCGUUAUUAUAGAGAAUAUUCAUUUAUCUCGAAUAUUUGAUUUUUCACCAACAAUUAACCAAUUAAAAAUAACUGUAAAAUAUUAUUCUGAUUUAAUUUAUCUAUUAUUGAAUCCAAAUAAUAUUACAGAUUUGAAUGUUAAAUGUCUACAAUUAGAUGUCAAUGAAGGUAAUUUUUUAAUGUGGAAAACUAAUAUAUAUUGUGAAAGCUUUAGUAGAACUGUAAAAGAUGUUGACUAUACAAGAUUGAAAAUUGGACGCUCUGUAAUUUGUUUUAUUCGAAAAACAGAGAUUCCACAAGAAUAA